GGACAGGCAGACGAAACCAACAAGUCCAAACAGAACCACGUCUCCGCUGCGAUGGUGGUUUAGUCCCGUUGAGCAGGUUCUGGUCGCCGCCGGGGUUUGUUUUUGGCUCUCUCCCCCAGUUGGAGCCUUCUUCACUUGUUGCUCCUCCUUCUCCUCCUCCCGCUCCUCCUCCUCCUUGGUUUACUAAGGUCGCAGCUGAGGAAGGAAACUGGAGGUAGUCUGAGAAGAGCUGGACCAGAACUGAGCGCAACAGAGACGCAAACCGAGAUGGCUGAGAAUAAAGCGGGUCCGAACCUCCAGGCUGGAGCGGGAUUCCUGGCCAAAAGGGUCCAGAAGUCCUUGAGUCGUGCACAGGAGAAGGUUCUUCAGAAGCUGGGGAAAACCAUGGAGACCAAAGAUGAGCAGUUUGAGCUCUGUUUGCUGAACCUCAACAAGCAGCAGGCUGACGGGAACAGGUUGUUUAAAGAUGUCAGAUCCUACUACGCAGCAGUGAGAGCCGUGCACGAGGCGUCCAAGCGGCUGUCCCAGACUCUAAAGGACGUCUAUGAAACCGACUGGGAGGGAGUGGAGGACCUGUCUGUUAUCACAGAGAGUGAGAACCUGCUGUUGAACGACCACGAGGAGAAGCUGAACGAUCAGGUUGUCCACAUCAUGGAGAACUACACAAGCCAGUUUCCAGAAGUCAAGGAACGGGUUUCAAAGCGUAAUCGUAAGCUGGUGGAUUACGAUUCGGCUCGCCAUCAUCUGGAAGCUGUGCAGAGUGCAAAGAAGAAGGAUGAAGCCAAGGUUUCCAAGGUGGAGGAAGAGUUCAACAAAGCCCAGAAUGUCUUUGAAGAGAUAAAUAAUGAGCUGCGAGAGGAGCUGCCUGUUCUCCAUCAGAGUCGAAUCGGUUGUUAUGUGACUGUGUUCCAGAACAUCUCCAACCUGAGAGACGUCUUCUAUAAAGAAAUGAGUGUGCUGAAUCGUGAACUGUACAACGUGAUGAAAAAACUGGAGACCCAGCACUCGGGCAAAGCUUUCAUCAUCAAAGGUUUGAACAGCAGCACAGCGGGCAAGACUAAAAAAAGAAGGUCCCUGGUUAUCUCCAAUCCCGUCCCUUGCAACACGGCCUUCCCAGCCGACCACAUCUCUAUUCAUUCCUCCACCCAAAACGGCAAAGACGAUGCUUGUCCUUCACUGACGCAGCGGACUCCGAGCAUCGCUGAAGAGAGCAACACACCAGAGAGCAGUGUCCCCUCCAAAUGCUCCUCAGACUCUGAUCUCAGCUCCAGCAGCACCAACUCUCCUCAGAGGCGAUCGGUCUGCGAUGAGAAUGGUGACAAGAGCACACGCAGUCAGAGCCCAGAGGAGGCGGAGCUAGAAACAAAGCAGUCAGACUCUGUGCCAGGUGUACCAAAGUCUGAGGCGACGAGCCAGGAACUCGGCAGCCCUCCUGAAUCUGAAGGUGGCGAUACCCGUCAGGGUCUUGAUCAGGACGUUGUGGGCGGUCCACCAUCAGAGGAAGCUAAACCCAGACCUGCACCAGUUCCUGCUCCGCGUGUCUCCUUCCGCUCCACUGGUGGACGGCCCCUCAUCUCUCCAUCAAACCAGGAGAAGACGGCGGAAGCAUCGGUCAACCAGGAGACAUCAGAGUCCAGAGAAGACUCCACAUCCCACAGUCCACCUGGUUUUCUGUACAAGGGGGUGGCGAUGGAGAGCAACCAAGCGUCUGAAGGACAGCUGCAGUUUGAAGAGGGGGACAUCAUCCUGGUGCUCACUGGAACUCAAGAGCUGGAAGGUCAGCUGAUGGGGAUCAGGGAGGAGACCUGGAACCAGCACCAGGAUGUUGAAAACCACUCUGGGAUCUUCUCAGGAAAACUAAUCCAGCCUGUCCAGGAGGAGUGAGGCAACAGACCCUGUCACACUGUAAUUUCUGUUCAUCACGGCACCUCGGCUACACGCGUGUAACCACUCAUGGGGAGGGUUCCAGAGGUUUAGGGUGGAGAAGCAUUACAGACGAGCUCCAUAUAGAUCUCCUACAUGCGAUGCUGAUGCUGAUGAUGAUGAUGCCACUUGUUGCAAUAGAACAGCUGAUCUGAUAACGGUUUACAAGUGUUUGGGAAUGUUUCCGUACUUCUUGGUCUUUGUAUGCUUUUAAAUGUUUCUGAGCCACUGUGAAACAAUGAUUUUAAUUUUUUAUCUUUUGACAAAAUCUUAAUAAAGCUCUAAAUAAGA